CCGUUUGAGCUGUGCUCAUUGAGCGCCGGAGAUCUGCUGUGUUCACGUCUCUACCCCGAAGCCGAAGAGGACACUUUGGGGGACUGCCUUGAGAGUUUAUUCCGGUUCUCGCUCCCGCGCUGCUGUUGGAUUUUACUCCCCGAUCUGCAGCUUCUAAGUCAUCAUCCAGCUCUGACAUGGCUGACAGGAAGCUGAAUGGCUUUGGACUGAUUUGGAUGGUAGCUCUCAUACUGCUGUGUAAUCCAACAAUGUUUAUGGCAAAGGCAAGCUUGGAGGUCAAUGAUACCCAGCAGCAGCAUCCAACUAAUGUAUACCAUGACAUGACAGUCACCAGGAACCAGAUAGUUACAGCCCAGUUUGAGUGCUACCAAAAGAUCAUGAAAGAAAAUCCACACAGCAGACAAGAGGCCAUGUGCAAUCGCACUUGGGAUGGCUGGCUCUGUUGGGAUGACACCAAAGCAGGAGUUACAUCUGAGCAGCACUGCCCGGACUAUUUCCAGGAUUUUGAUCCUUCAGAGAUGGUCACAAAGAUUUGCACUGACAGUGGUCACUGGUUUCUGCAUCCGGAGAGCAACCGGACAUGGACCAACUACACCCGCUGCAAUGAGCACACUACAGAAGGCAGAGUGACUGCAAUGAACCUUUUCUACCUUGCCCUCAUUGGACAUGGGCUGUCCCUGACGUCCCUCCUCAUCUCCCUAGCUAUAUUCUUCCAUUUCAAGAGUUUGAGUUGUCAAAGGAUCACCCUUCAUAAGAACCUCUUCUUCUCUUUUGUUCUGAACUCUGUGAUCACCAUCAUUUUGCUGACUGCAGUGGCCAACAACCAGGAGCUGGUGCAGAGCAAUCCAACAAGCUGUAAAGUGUCCCAGUUUAUUCAUCUGUACCUGUUUGGCUGUAAUUACUUCUGGAUGCUGUGUGAGGGAAUAUAUUUGCACACUCUCAUCGUGGUGGCGGUGUUUGCUGAGAAGCAGCAUCUGAUGUGGUACUAUCUCCUAGGAUGGGGCUUUCCUCUUAUACCAGCCACCAUACAUGCUGUUGCUCGUAGUUACUACUACAACGACAACUGUUGGAUUAGCUCAAAAACAUCACUGCUCUACAUAAUCCACGGUCCCAUCUGUGCUGCUCUUUUGGUCAAUUUGUUUUUUCUACUUAACAUCGUGCGAGUUCUGAUUACCAAACUGAAGGUGACCCAUCAGGCAGAAUCGAGUCUCUACAUGAAAGCAGUGAGAGCCACGCUUAUCCUGGUACCUCUCCUUGGAAUUCAGUAUGUCCUGCUUCCCUACAAGCCCGAGGGACGGGUCUCUUCUGAAAUAUACGACUACAUCAUGCACAUACUCAUGCAUUACCAGGGCCUGCUCGUGGCCACCAUCUUCUGCUUUUUCAAUGGCGAAGUCCAAGCUGUUCUGAGGCGGCACUGGAACCAGUAUCAUAUCCAGUUUGGCAGCAGCAUAGGAAACCACUCAGAUGCCCUGCGCUCUGCUUCCUACACAGCUUCCUCCAUCACUGAGGUACAGGGCUGCUACAGCAUCGACUGCCACUCAGAACACAUGAACGGCAAGGGCUGCCAUGACUCAGAUGCCUCCAUACUGAAAUCAGACAGCCCCUAUGCCUGACAUACACAGUGUUGUCAGACUCUGUCCAUCCCACCAUCACCCUUAAAAUCUGCUACAUGUUUGGAGCUCACCAUGCAGGAAAACUGGCCACUUGCCACAGAUGCAGUGUCAGAGGAAAAUGAGUGAGUAAAAAGAUUGUACAUCCUGGCUCUCACACACCUGAAGAAAACGAUGACUUCUUAUCCACGCAAACACAAGUCCUUUAACUGUACUGUAUGGCGAGCUUGAUGCAGCUACUCCUGCGCAGUGCUUUGUCUACAAUUUGCAACUGAACUGCUUUACUUGGACUACGACGCUUUCAGAUCUUUCUGCCUGACAAAACUGUUCUUAAAUCAAUAAUUGCGGACUGCUUGAUCAUCCUCCUGGGCUCAUGUUGUGCACAGAAAGCCUUCGGUUACACUGUAAAUUCUUUUGACACAGUUAGUGCCAAACCAAGAAAUCUUGCCUGCCUCAUUUAUUUUUUAUUAUCAGUAAUGAAUCAGAUAGGACGUCUAACAUGUGCAUAGUGAAGUAUUAAAUCUUUAUCUAUAUCUUUCACAUGUUAAACUUAAUUUAUCAACGUAUUCUUGUUUAUUAAAUGAAAAUAGAUUAAAUGCCAUACAGUAUUUAUGAUUUUUUUUUCUCAAAAUGAAAUACUGAUAUGACCUGUUGCCAGCAGCACAUAAACUUUCUCAGCAUUUUCUUCUUUGUUUCAGUGUUUGUUCCCACGUGUGCGUUUAAUGCAGGUGUUUCUGCUCGUGCUCUUCGUUUCUAAGCAUCUCGACAUUUUGUCAUGCUGAUGUUUGAGCGUGCUCAAGUGAUCCUUACUGACAUGUGCAUCAUUUAAGCCAGAUGGAAGCUUGUAAUGUAACAUGUUAACACAAUAUCAUCAGAGAGAAGCCACAUUUGAAUGUAAGAGUCAGUGGUGCAUUUCAUCUGAAGCUGGAAGCUGGAGUUUCUGAGUUCCUAGUUGGAAUUUUCAACUGGACCGCCCUUUCAAAUCAGACUUCCAGCUCAGAAAGCCGGAGUGGAAACCAUGACUGUGCAAUUAUUGUUGGUGGGUCUGCGGCAGUGCAUGCAAACAUUAGUAAAACUCUGCACUGCCGCUGUUGUAUAUUUCUGACUUGCUAAAUAAGCCAUAUGCAGAGCCUUGACCGGGCGGUCUCUGUGAGUGUGCUGCAGUGGCGUUUUUAAGCGUAUUAAACAAGCACUGUGCUGUAUUGCACGGCUAGCUCUACCUUACUGAGGAGCAAACCGAAUCCUGUUUUUCUUCGCUCGUCUGACUUUACAGCUGGAACACGCUCGACUCGGGAGUGACUCCCAGCUACAACGUCCGACUUCUGAGGCAAAUGGAAUGCAGCACUUGUUUAAAGGCUUGGCUCUCUUAAGCACACAUCACAUUCCCUUUCACCGUUGUCUCUUUUCUUACCCCUCGCAAACCACUUACAGAUAAUUGAGAUGUCAACAGUGCUCAGUGUUCAGACUGAAUGCAGGAAGGUAACUGAAUGAGGUGCUGGUUCUUCAAGCACCGCAGUAGGAAGCAGGAAAAUGAAACUGAAUUGAGGAAGAUCAGAUUUAUUAAUCCAUACGUGAAAGAGGAGGGCGAUUUAGUAUUUUAAAACAAUAUUCCCGUGCAGUCAUGUAGUAAGUCUAUUUCUAAUGAAUAAAGCCAUGUUUCUACUUCUUCAUAGUGCAACUGUUAGAAAUUGGGGUUGAUUCACCUUCAUCUUCUUAAAAUCUAAUACACAUUAUUUAUAUUUUUGUUAAUCAUUUGAAUUGAUCAUGUAUCUUAAUAUUAGCUAGUUUACUGUCUGCAGCUAAAAAGUUUCGCAAUUUGUAAGCGACCCACUUUGAGAACUUCAGGCCGCUAAAUCCCCAUAUUCGUGUGAUUACUUUUGUAUCUUGUUGUCUUUUUGCAGGAUAGCCGUGCUAUGAAAUGAUGUUUUAGGCCAGUGUGGACGAUUGAUUUCAGUGAUUGCGUUUUCAGUUUGCCCAUAAAAAAGACAUGAAAAGUGCAAUAGAACUGGGCAAAAUCCUGCCGUAAAUGAAGCAUGCAACUUGAAUGUCCACUAAAGCUUCUGCUACACUGAAGAAAUGAAAAUGGUGAAAGAGAAAAAGGCAUUAGAUCUGUAUGAAGCGUCAAUAAUAAUGUUCCUCACUUUCAUACAUGAGCAAAUUCUAUAAAUCCCCAUCGCUUCCACCACCCAUUUGUGUUUGUUUUUAGGUCUGACUGGUGCUUCCUCAGUUACUUUCAUUCAAAUCCUCACUGGGGCAAAAACCUUCUUGCCUCAGUGAACCAAAUCUUUAUCAUUAGUGUAUAAAAUGCAUGCAUUGAUUCAGCCCACUGUCAUUCCCAGAGCAUCAAAUUCUGACAUUUUGUCAAAGCCACUGGAGUCUUAAUGACACUUACAAGGUUGUGGUGCUAUUACGCACCAAGUUUAGGUGAUGUCUUGCCCCCAAAUCAUCACAUAUAGACACAUGUAAUGGACCUGUUGGUUUUGUAUUUAAACACACUAGUUCAGAGUUAUUUUUGUACAUGCAGGGUAAAUGUUAUGAAUGUCAAAAGAAUGGUCUUUUCCUAAAGCUAGCCUAGUAGUUUUUGGUGUCCUUUAGGCAGAUGCAAAAGGACAGCCUGUGGGUAUUUCUGUACGGGAUGCCGAUGGCAUCUGAUAGAACGUCUCUAUUUGAUGACCUGGAAGGAGAAAACACAAAUCAUUUACUCUUUUUUUUUUUUUCUUUUUAAGCUUAAAAUUGCUACAUUUGGAUGGAAACCUGACCAGUCAACUUAAGCUCAAAUAUUUUUAUUCUGUCCCUGAGAGUGAGGUAUAAAGAAAACCUUUCCAGGUCAUGCCGGUGCACAAUGGAUGACCUGGGUUAAGGUUUAAGAGUGUGCACACAGCCUUAUUCAGAAGUACAUAUGAUGAACCUUUCACAUGUCAUGUGACAAAACCAAAAUAAAAUAAAUUUUAAAAAUGUACUGAAAACAUUUUUUAUUUAAAGCAUUUAGUCAAUUUCUAGAGCUGGUCAAUAUUCACUGCACUUUUAUACAGUUAUGUGGUCAUUUUGCUCAUUUAGAUCCUUUUUUUUUUUUUCCUUUCUUCACCGUAAAUCAUUUAAACACAUUUUCCAUAAUGCUGGGAACAUGAGUCACUAUCAGUUGAUGUAAAUAUUUUUGUAAAUCUAACAGUUCUGCAAAGAGGACAAGUGAAACGUGUGAGUGAUAGUAUGCAUGAUUUAUAUAUACAGUAUUUAUGAGUAUAGUAUACUCAUCGAAGCAUUCAACCACUACUUUGUGUUUUAAAAAGGGAAGGAAACAGGAAACAUGCUACCUUAGCUGGCUGCCCUUAUUACUUGUCAUCAUCCUGUUUAGAUUCUUUUUUUUUUCUUUGCCUGUCAUUGGAUGCAAAGAAAAACACAAGUGCAUUCUGUGUAAGUUAUUCAUGCCAUAUUAUCAAAAUACACAUAUGGUGCAAGUUUGAUAUGUGGAGAUUCACAUUCAACCUUCCAAAGGGAAUGUUUUCCUGGUUGGAUACGGUAACUCUUUCAUGGAUAUCUAAAAGAACCACUCACUGAAAUGGCAAAUCAAUUUACAUUGCUGGCUAUUCAUUUAUGAUAACUGUUGAAUGUUUCCAUUUCCAGUCUUUAAUACAACUGUGAUGACUUAAACCGCUCAGUUCUACACAAACAGGGAAUUGGCAUAUUUUUAAGAAACAUAAUCACUAAGUGACUAAUGUUUGAGGUAAAACCAAUUAAUUUGUGUUUCAUAUUCUCAGUAUUCAAACACUGACACUAUAUGAGUUCAGGCUUUAGUAUCAAACAUACAGUUUGUAGUUUUUUUUUCAUAUCAGAUCUGCAGGACAGUUUCUUCAUUUAAACAUGAACUGUGCAAUCUACAUUUAUGGUUGACACAUCACUGCUUUGCAGCAAGUGAUAAAUGUACAAUGACAAAGCUAUAAAGUAUCCAUAAAAGUCAUUUAUUGUGUAGUAAUGCCUCAUAAUCAUUUAUGAAAGUAAUUUCAUCAGAUCUGUGGAAAAGCCAGAGGCUUUUGGUAAAUGUAGUAAAUCUUGUGUAUCAUUUAAGUUCUGUAUUUAUGUGUGAAAUGUUUUCAUAUGACUCUCCAAAGGGUUUGUGAUGUCCCUGGUGACAUUUGGUAAAAUGUUGUAAAGUAAGACAAAAGCAUUGAAGACAAUGUCUGUAGUUUUUGUUUAUACUGUACUGUUUCUAAUUUUGGUAGUCUUGACACAUUGACUUCACACUACUGUUUGAAUGUAAUUGGUUUUGUUUUAUGGAUGUGAA